CCGGGUGAAUUUCCGCGCUUCUCCCCGAGGGCGAGGGAGGGGGCGCGGGGCAGGGUCCCAGGGAAGGAGGCUAACCGGGCCCCUCCCUUCCCGUGUCGGGUGCAGCUCCUGGCGCGGAGCGCUGGGUCUCUACGGCUUAAAGGUGCAGCCGCCCCCCCGGGCUAAGGGCGGGCGCCGCCGACCGGACGGAGACGCGGGGCUCUUGGGGCGCGGGCAGGGCGCCUCCUGCUGGGGCAUGUGCCGGGCUAUCCAGCAGGGCGGGGUGUUGCUCCAUCCGCCGCCCAUGAGGCGGGCAGGUUGGGGGCGUGGCUACGUUGGAGCUCCGCGGCCACGGACGGGGGACGUAGUGUGCACUGGGCGCCCUGCCUUGAGGGCACAACGUACAGACCCCUCCUCUGCCCCCGCCCCACACCCGCGUGUGUAAACCCGGCAGGACGGGACCGCGCCGCGGAGACUCCUGGGUCUGAGCGCGGCUCGGCGGCCGAGGGGAGCCCGGCUGUGCCUGUGUCGGCGGCGGCGGCUCGCUGUCCCCCCGCCGCCGGCGAUGGGGAAUGGGCUCUCGGACCAGACGCCGAUCCUCUCCAGCCUGCCCUCCUUCCAGUGCUUCCACAUCGUGAUCCUGGGGCUCGACUCGGCGGGCAAGACCACCGUGCUCUACAGGCUGCAGUUCAACGAGUUCGUCAACACGGUGCCAACCAAGGGCUUUAACACGGAGAAAAUCAAAGUGACGCUGGGCAGCUCGAAAACGGUCACCUUCCACUUCUGGGACGUGGGAGGCCAGGAGAAGCUGAGGCCCCUGUGGAAGUCCUACACCAGGUGCACGGAUGGCAUCGUGUUUGUGGUGGACUCUGUCGACAUCGAAAGGAUGGAGGAAGCCAAGACAGAACUUCAUAAAAUUACUAGGAUAUCUGAAAAUCAGGGCGUGCCUGUCCUUAUAGUGGCUAACAAACAGGACCUGAGGAAUUCCCUCUCUCUCUCAGAAAUCGAGAAGAUGUUAGCAAUGAGCGAGCUGAGCUCUUCUACUCCCUGGCAUCUGCAGCCUACCUGUGCGAUCAUAGGGGAUGGACUCAAAGAGGGACUUGAAAAACUACAUGAUAUGAUAAUUAAGCGAAGAAAAAUGUUGAGACAGCAGAAAAAGAAGAGAUGAGUUCUGUUUCCACACUUCUGUCUUAGAGUAGUUCCAUGGUCAGAAUUUGACAUAACAGCUUCCAAAGCCUGACCUGCUUGCUUGGAUGCUGUUAAAGCUUAGUUAUGUUAAACAAUCAGUUGCACAACCUUGCCUUGUGGAAGUUGUGCAGACACAGAACCUUUUUGAAAAGCAGAAACAGAAAAUAGUUUUUCCAAGGUUUCUGGCACUGUAUUAUUUUGGAUGCCCUAUAAAGUAAUAUAAAGCUAUCAGGAAACAGAUGGGUGGGUAAAUGUGACCUGGAUAUCUAAAUAGCCAAAUAAAAUGAGGUUUUUUUGCUUGGUGUUUGUAUUCAUAUAUUUGAGGGUGCGUUUUUACAAGAAAUUUGCAUUGAAGGCGUUCAGUGUUUUUAAACUUCUAAUGCUCGUAAGUUGACUUUUAGGUGAAUAUAUACAGCUUUAAAAAUAUUGAUUUCAACAAGGUGUAUGGAAUUAGCAAUCCAUUAUAUCACGAGACUGUGAGCCUUGGGGUUUUAUCUUCUUUGGUAAUGAUUUCCAUGAGAGAGUUUGACUAUGUGGUAUGUUUUUUUAAUUUGGCACUUUUGAAGUUGAAUCACUUUUAGUUCUAAUACUUGAAACUUCAGUGCUGUGGAUUCUGCAACCGGUAGAGGAAAUAAUACUUGUUAGACAAGUACACAACAUGCAAGAGCAUGGAUUAGUUUUCCCAACAUGUAGCAUGAUUUGGUGUGUAGUCUUCUUAGAAAUAGCUAUGCAUUUAGAAUAUGCUUAUGUCAUUUGGAGACUUGUUCCAGAAACCUUGUUUGCUGUUUAAAGAGUUAAGUUACUCUGACAUCCCCAAGUUAUCAACACAAAAGUUAAUUUGUUGUUGCAGUAAAGGACAUGCAUACAGCGAUUUAGGUCUCCCAAGACUUUUAGCAGUGCAGCAUUCUGGGCUCUUUAGAUGAUGGCAAUAAAACUUGAUCAUAAUGAAGUAUAAAGAGAGCUAAAGUCAACAGAGCACACUUUUUGUAUCUGCAAAAAUGCCCAGGUUUGUUACUUAUACUGCUAGGUCACUUUCUAUAUAGCCUUUUUUAUUACAGUUUUUGUAGUGCUUGUGGUUAGGAAUGUAAAGAAGCUUUAUACACUUGAAACACUUUGACACUGGGAAAACAUGAGUUUAAAGAUGGCCUGUGUUCUGCUCUAAUUAUGCUUUAAGCUGUUCUUGUUUACAAAGUGCGCAAACAGUAUUAACUGGGCAGGACAGUAUGUCUAAUGAGAAGGGAGAAUAGUUUUUCUUACUGGUACAGAACUUCAAACAAUUGUCUAGACAUCUUGAUUAGCAAAUGAAAAGGGCUAAACUAGAGCCUGAAUUUUAAGAUUAACUUUAUUGAUGCUGUAAAACAGAAUGUUAGAUUAUCUUGAAACUUCCAUUAGAAAUAUCAGUCUUAAAAGAACAAUGCAAGAAUCAUUUCCUCUUACUCACUCAACCAGCAAAAUUACUGCAUUCUUAUCUACUGCCAUGUAUUAAGAGGAUAACAGCUGAAUGUCAAUCAAUGUAAGGUAUUGAUAUCUGUAUAAAAUCAAACUUCAUGGCCAGCAGCUGUUUGUCCAUAAGGUAACCAAAAAUGCACUUUAGUUUUUUCAUAAUUGAAAGUGACAGCUUUUUUUUAUUAUUAUUAAAUGACACCCUGGUCCUUUUGAAAAUUGAAGUAGCUUCCAGUGGAGCUUUUGUAAGUUGGUUAUAUAUGUACCUGCACUAGUGACAUUGAAAGUCACUUACUCAGUAAUGUCUAUAUUUAUAGAAAUGUGGAUAACUUCUUAAACCUCAAUAAACAGAACUCAAAACAAGUCUGCAGGGAGAAGGUGUUUGACUUCCUUGAGUUGCAGUGAAGUGUUCUUGUUGGCCUCUAUGUGCAAAUCUCGCUCUCAAUAGCAGUAGAAAAAUCUGCAUGAAAAUCAAACUCAUAAAUGUGGUGAGAUUCGUAAAUGUGACAAUGUUAUAAAUCACAGGUAUCUCAUUAAAGACUUAAUAUCAAUGGCAUACUUGUAUUAUGUUCCAUAUGUUUGUAACAGAACACUUUGCUUCUAGCUUUAGCCAUUUCUCUCCUUGUGCAGUGGUUGUGUGUAUUGUAAACCUUCCCUUCUCAUGAACAGAUUUACAUGUUGCAUACGUAUUUUCUGGGGCAGCUCUCAAAUUCUCAAAGUUCUGAAAUCAUGUACCGUAUUAACAGACUACAAUGGUAGUAUUAAAUCCUUUAAUCAGCUGAGACUAACAUUUUUACUUGGUUUAGCAUUUAUGCUAGAAAGGUGGGGUUUUUUUACUAUGUAGAUGAAAUAUGUUGCACUUCUCAUACCUAUACAAGGGUACUUCUUCAUUGUAAACAGAAGUAGAU